GCAUCUGGGCGUUUCUGUGUUCUACGUCACGAAGAGUGUGCGUACUAUUGCUCAUGUCUCAGCAGCCGGUGUGAGCAAAACGAGGCGGGUUAAGUGUUUUUUGUCCUUCACUGUGGAAUUUUAUCACAGAGGGAUAGGGAAACUUUCACAUUCCAUGUCAAAUGGCGGCGAAAUAGUCAAGACAGACUAUGGACCCUACACGUCUAAAUUAUAUAAAAGUCUGAUUCACUUGUGCCUUGUGUCAAGGGGGGGAAAAAAAUCAUUGAUUAACAGCAUUGCCUUUUCUACUCUUCGCAAGGGCGGCGGGGACAACUUCCAAAAUCCAUGAAUUCUGAGAGGAGUCAGCGCAUAGGAAAUGGACACGGGGAAAAGGUGAAAGGAGGAGUCAGGAAGAAGUCUGGACUUGCUCACAGGAAGUCUCUGAAUGACUCACUGGAGGGAGAGGUCAAGGCCUUCCUCCUAGACGAGGGCCAACUGCACACUUACGACGACCUCACCAGAGUCAACCCCGUGACCCCAACAACAGUGCUGAAAUGCCUACAAGCCAGGUACAGGGCGAAGGUGUUCUACACCCAUGCUGGCUGUACUCUGGUGGCCCUCAACCCUUUCCAGCCAGUCCCUGACCUCUACUCCUUGGAUGUGAUGAAGGAAUACCAUUGUGCUCCACAGCCACAGGAGUCCAAACCCCACAUCUUCAUAGUGGCAGAGGAGGCCUACAGAAACGUACAAGGCCAGGUGGAGCCCGUGAACCAGUCUCUGGUGGUCAGCGGAGAGAGCGGAGCAGGGAAGACAUGGACCUCCCGUUGCCUUAUGACCUAUUAUGCCACUGUAGCAGCGUCUUCCUCGCUGAUGAAGAGUCAGGACACCGUGGAGAGGAUAGAGAAGAGGGUACUGGACUCCAACCCCAUCAUGGAGGCUUUUGGCAACGCCUGCACCUUACGAAACAACAACAGCAGCCGAUUUGGGAAGUACAUCCAGCUGCAGCUCAACCGGUCUCAGCUGCUGGUGGGGGCGUCCGUGCAAACAUACCUACUGGAGAAGACCAGGGUAGCUGGACAACCAGCUAAUGAGAGAAACUUUCACAUAUUCUACCAGAUGAUGACAGGAGGCAGCGAUGAGCAGAGGAGGGAGUGGAAGAUGUCACAUGACCAACGUUUUGCCUGGCUUCCAAAUGCUGAAAAGACAUUGGAAGAGGAUUGUUUUGAUGAGACUGUAGAGGCUAUGGUACACCUGGGCAUCAAUGCAGAGAAGCAGGGACAUAUAUUUAGGAUACUAGCAGGUCUUCUUCAGUUGGGGAACGUGACUUUCUGUUCUGCGAUGGAUGAAUCGCAACCCUGUGACCUCGAGGAGAAAUCCAAAGAGUUUAUGCAUCGUUGUGCAUCGUUGCUGUGUGUCCCGGUGGAGGAACUGCAGACAUGCCUCAGGGUACGGACCCUGAGGGCAGGGAAGCAGAGUGCUCUCUUCAAGCCCUGCUCGCAGGCAGACUGCAGUGUCAGGAGGGACUGCCUCGCAAAGGGCAUCUAUGCACAAUUAUUUGAAUGGUUGGUUACGUUCAUCAACGACAGCAUAUGUGCAGACAACUCGACCUGGUGUAAUUUCAUAGGUCUGCUGGAUGUUUAUGGUUUUGAGUGCUUUCAGUUUAACAACCUAGAACAGCUUUGCAUCAACUACGCCAACGAGAAACUGCAGCAGCACUUUGUAGCCCACUAUCUCAAAGCCCAACAGGAGGAGUACGUCGCAGAAGGGUUGGAGUGGUCGUUUGUGAAAUACCAGGACAACCAGGGUUGUCUGGAUCUGAUAGAGGGCAUCCCCACCGGAGUGUUUUCUCUCCUCAAUGAGGAAUGCCUUCUCAACCGAGCGUCCGACGCCCAGCAGUUCAGGGUUCGUCUGGAGAAAGAGCUGUCUGACAACGGCAGUAUUAGCUGGGACAAGUUCAGCAAGCAGCCCCACUUCACUGUGGCUCACUAUGCUGGCAAAGUCUCCUACCAGAUAGAAGGCAUGAUGGAGAAGAACAAGGACCCAGUGCCCCCAGAACUAAUCCACCUUCUACAGAAGUCUGAGAACCCUCUGCUUUACCAGCUGUUUGCUGACAGAGACCCAGUGGGUCAAGGCACCAGGGGACUCAGACAAGUGGUCACUGUGGUCUCCAAGUUCAAGAACUCUCUGGAGAACCUAAUGAAGAUUCUACACAGCACCACGCCUCACUACACCCGCUGCAUCAAACCCAACACAGACUGCAGGCCUCUCACCUUCAAAAAGGAGGAGGUCAUUAUGCAACUGGAGGCCUGUGGGAUUGUAGAGACCAUACACAUCAGUGCAGCAGGCUUCCCAAUAAGAAUUCCCUAUACGAGUUUCACACAGCGUUAUGGACUGAUUUCCAACUUGACGUUGUUUUGUCAAGGAGCUGGUGAGCAAGGAUUGGAGGCGGACAACAAGGAAGCUCUCGGUUCGGCUGUGGCUGAUAUUCUCAGGGUGGUGUUAAGUCAUUCUCCCGACGCCUCGCGCCAUAUGGACAACGAGGCCCGCAGCUUGCUGGUGCACUGCGGCAGGACCAAAGUGUUCCUGACUAAUUCCAUGCUGGAGCUGCUGGAGGAACACAGGAACUGGGUGUGCUCCCAGAGGGCCUUCUCUAUCCAGUGCUGCUGGCACAGGCACAAACAACGCAGACGUCACGCCAUGAGACGGGCCGUCACCCUGAUCCAAGCAGCGGUGCGGUCAUGGCUGGUCAGGAGAGCGGUCCGGAGGUGGCACAGGGCAGCCAUUGUCCUCCAAAGGUCCUGGAGGAAAUGGAGGGCGCUGAUGGACUCCCUGGCUGAGGCAGAGCUGGAUGACGCAGAGGAUCUUCAGGAGGCUAUGCCAACAGAGUUGGACUCCAUCCUCCGGGCCAGGGGCUCGGUGCAGCUCUCCAGCAUCCAGGAGCCCGUCAUGGUGCGAGGCUGGCCCAUGGGCUUGGCUCUGGCCUCAGCCCCCACCAUCACUGUGUCCAUGACCGCUACUGGCUUCCAGAAGAUGAUGUCUGUCAUGGCCUGCCUCGACGGACACUGCUUCAGGAGCGGGGACUAUAAGGUGAAGACCAACCAAUUCAAACAGGGGGUUGCCUCCAUCAGGGCUCAGCCCAGGGGGUCUAUUAAGCUCCACUACCAGCGAUCUCCACUGCUCUACGCUGAUCUGCAUCCAGACCACAAGCGUGAUGGAGUGACCGGCUUAAACCAGAUACUGCUAGAGAGCACCUGAGUGGGAUCCAUUCUGUGUUCCUAAUUUAUAUCCAGCACUUUUAAGUGAGCUGCCUCAAUCAUAUAGCCACACUUUUUUUGAUAAGUAUUGUAGACGGAGAUAAAUGGACCAGGAGAAAUUGUUUUGUAGUGCUUCAGCUGCCAUAUUGGAAAUAUUUGAUCAUUGUUGAAAGGCUCAGGCUUUAUGCCCACUUGGGUGCCUUUUCUCAAUCUGCGGCAUUCAACUCAAGAAUGUACUGUGGAUGAACUUGGCUUUUUUUUUAAUUUAUGGGAAGCAGUUCAUUUGGGAUAUUUGUUGUACUCCUUUUGUAAAUGUUUAAUUUUAGAUAUUGCUGCAUUUUAAGUUAUUGACAGGCCUGUUUUCAGAGGGAAAUUAUUUAUCAGGGAUACAUGUUGUUUAAACCACAUUGUUUUUUUUAAACCUAUAUUCCACUUGAGCUCACAGACCAAAUCUAAGUAUAAUUUUAGCAAAGUCAACCACAGAUCAAGGGAAACGCUGGGCAUUUACACCAAAUCCAGUUUAUUUUUAUGGCACAAGCUUCAUUAUUAGAGGUACACUACAGUGUUUUGCAUAUAAGGGAAUAGUAGUAUGUCUUUGAACAAGCUUUAUGAUCAAUGCCAACCAGUUUGCUACUGAUCGCUUUCAGUGUUAAACCAAACGGCACGACAGAAACACCAACGUUUUGCUCUCUUUAUUUGAAAGGAAACAUUGAUGCGCCACAUUGCUUAAUGCCAAGAUGUGUUUAUAUGUUCGAAAAGGAUUGUAUCCUUUGAUCUGUAUUUUGCCACUACAAUAGUUGCCUUGUCCAAAUCUGCUACUAGAGUAACCCUUUUUUUUUUUUUUAGUAACCCACUGCUCGUAUAAUCCUUCCUUGAAUUAUGUUUGUAUUUUGAACUGCCUAAACAAUACUGUUUGUUUAUUAAGGGCAUUCAAAGCCAUAGCUACUUGGUGUUUCAAAGGGUUCUUGGUACAGCUAUAUAAAGAUCUGACUUAGCUAGUUGGAACUACAGUAUUGCAAAGAUAAGUUAAAAUAAAUAUU